AUGGCUCCUGUGACUACCCACCCGAUCACCAAAGCCUCUUAUUCGGAAAGAGCUGAAUCAGCUAUUCACCCGCUCUCUUCGUACCUCCUCCGACUCAUGACUCUCAAGCAGUCAAACCUCUGUCUCAGCGCCGACGUAUCAACUACGAACCAGCUCCUCAACCUGGCGGACGCCAUAGGGCCUCACAUUGUUGUCCUGAAGACUCACUACGAUCUCAUCAGCAACUGGGACUACAACCCCACCACAGGCACAGGAGCUCGACUUGCGCGCAUAGCGCGCCGCCGUGGAUUCCUCAUCUUCGAAGACCGCAAGUUCGGGGACAUAGGCAACACAGUGCAGUUGCAGUACACCGAAGGCACAGCGAAGAUAAUCGAGUGGUCGCACAUCACCAAUGUGAACAUGAUACCCGGCAAAGCAGCGGUGGACGCUCUGGCAGACGCAGCUGUGCGCUGGAGGGAACGCAAGCGCUACGAGGUCAAGACAGACAUUACUGUGGGCACCCCACGGCCAGAGAGCUUGGAUUCGGACGACGAGGACACAACUAUGACGCCUGUCCCGGAAGACAGGAGUCUUUCAGCAGCCAAUGCGGGGCGGAAGGCUAGCAUUGUCUCGAUAACGACUGUUUCACAGCAUUUCGAGCCUGCCAACUCCCCACGAUCGUACGAGGGCUUUGGGGAGGAGUACGAGAACUUUCCGGGCAUUGAUGAGGCGCCUAUGGAGAGGGGUCUUCUGAUCUUGGCACAGAUGUCUUCUAAGGGAAAUUUCAUGACCAAGGAAUAUACGGAUGCUUGUGUGGAGAGUGCGAGGGAGCAUAAGGACUUCGUGAUGGGUUUCAUCUCCCAGGAGUCUUUGAAUACACAAGCGGAAGACCAGUUCCUCAGUAUGACACCGGGUUGCCAAUUACCACCCGAGGGCGAGGACGAGGAUGCGGAGGUCAAUGGGGACGGAAAGGGGCAGCAGUACAACACACCACAGAAAAUCAUUGGGCUGAUGGGCAACGAUAUUGUCAUUGUCGGGAGAGGGAUCAUCAAGGCUGGUGAUCCGGUGAAGGAGGCUAUUCGCUAUAGGAAAAGGGCUUGGGAGGCGUAUCAAGAGAGGAUUGGUGCUUGA